UUUAUGUUGAUUUUACGAAUUUUGGCAUCCAAAUCAACAGGUUUGGAAAUAACAAGAAAUGCAGUCAGAAAUUUCGGAAAACAUCGAACAGGUGUUGAAUUCGGAGGUAAACAUAGAAUAAAGAAGAUAGGUUAAUACUGUUUUAUUAUCAAGAAAAAACAUUUGUCUUUAAUCAAGCUAUGGACUUUGCUAUAGGCCCGCUUAAAAAACUGAAGAGACUGUAGUAAUAAAAUUGUGAAUUGUACUUGCAAAAGGCAAUAGUGGUGGUCAAAAUAAACUGAAAUUUAAACAUGUGGUUUGAUUAGGGCAGGGCAAUGAAGUCUGAUGUAUUAGUUUUCUUUUCAAAAUACAAUUACAUUCGCCAUGUCUUCGCCAAAAACUCUACCAAUUUGUGAAGCUAUAAUUGAGUAAUGCCCCAACCAUGGUAGUUUAAACUCCAAGGCUGUCUAAGCCAUGCAUGGGUCCUAGGCUAACAGGAGCUCAACGCCUGCAGCUGAGGUGGUGCCAGGACCGAGCAAAAUCCAGGCAAUAUUUGGCAGUUGGGAAAAUUGAGUGAACUUUUUUUAAUUUUGGGUUCAUGAGGUAAAACCAGAAUAGCCUAAAACAACCCUUAUUAGCAGGUUUUAUUGAAGAAUGAAAUGAUACCUCCUGAAGAUUUUAUGGAAAUUGAAGUUGGAGAAGUCACAGUAAAAACAGAAAUAAUGGAUGAUGAGUUAUUUGGAACUAACACUGAAACUUGGAUGACAUGUGGUGUGAAAAAUGGUGAUGGUGUUCUUGAUAUGAAAGUUGAAAAAAUAAAAUUGGAAAGUGAUGUGAAGACUGAACAAUUUGAAGCAUCAGAAGUCAUUGAUGAGAGUGGUUGUCACAGAUUUGCUAACAGGGUGAAAACAGAACACAAUAAUCAUGCAGCAGCCGAUCAAAUAAAGAUGGAACACGAUACAGCCAUCAAAAAACUAGAGUCAGCACAAAUGACUGAGGAAUUAAUUAUAAAGGAUGAGAAUGAUUGUGAGAAUCAAAACACCUCUAGCAUUAAACAACUUCUUUUUUGUACUGAAUGUAAUGAUAUAUUCACGUCCGAUGAGGAUCUUAACGUCCACUUUGAUGAAGCACAUCAGAGAAUACAUAAAUGUUCUCGCUGCGAGUAUACUACCACACAUAAAAGUAAUUUAGCUGAACACAUGGUGACGCAUUCCAAGGCAGACGGUAGUUACAAUCCCAGUAUAUGUAUUCACUGCAAUGCAAGGUUAUCAAAUAAAGUAAGCCUCGAUAAUCAUAUAAUCAUGAAACAUCCAGACUUUAUUGCUUCUGUUUCUAGUAAAGUUUAUGAUUGUGAUCAUUGCGCAUAUAAAACCACGCAUAAAAGCGAUUUGGCUAGACACAUAUUGAAGCACAAUAAGGCGGGCAUUACAUGUAUUCACUGUUACGCAAGAUUCUCAACUAAAAUAAAUCUAGAUAAUCAUAUAGUUAAGGAACAUCCCGACAUGUUGAAACAGACCAAAUCAAAGCAUAACAAGCCCUAUACAUGUGUCCACUGUAACGUAGCAUCAUUCACAAGCAAACGUUAUCUAGAUGAACAUUCAAUUAAGGAACAUCCUAAUUUGUUUGCUUCUGUUUCUAGUAAAAUACAUGACUGUCCACAUUGCACGUAUAAAACCACGUUAAAAUUUCAGUUAGAUAGACAUGUGUUAAAUCAUCCUGAAACGAAGUGUAACAUUGAGCUGUGCGCAUGUAUUCACUGUGAGGCAACGUUUAAGUACAGACGAAAUCUAGAUGAUCACGUAAUUCGAAAGCAUCCUGACUUUGCUGCUUCAGUGUUUCGUAAAAUACACGAAUGCACGUAUUGCAGCUUUAAAACCACCAUAAAAAGUCAUUUAGUAAGUCACCUACUGAAGCAUCCUGAGGCAGAAGGUAUUGUCGAUUUUAGGAUAUGUACUCACUGUAACGCGAAAUUCUCAAAUCAAGCGAAUCUAGAUAACCAUAUUGUUAAGAAUCAUCCGGAUUUUAUUACAUCCGUUUCAAGUAAGGUGCAUGAAUGCUCUCAUUGCACAUACAAAUCUGCUAAUAAGUAUUAUUUUGCUAACCAUGUAUUGACGCAUUCGUUGACAAACGGUAGGUUUACGUGUAUUCACUGUAAUGCAACGUUUAGAAGCAAGAUGACCUUGGAUGAUCAUACUAUCAGGAUGCAUCCCACUUUUACCUCUUCAGUCACCACAAAAAUCUAUGGAUGUACACAUUGCGCGUAUAAAACCACCUCGAGAACCAAUUUUCAUAGACAUAUGUCUAGACACACUGGGGCAGAGAGCAAGAAUCUUACCACGUGCAUUCAUUGUAACGCUUCAUUCUUAAGAAAACUUAUUGAUAUCCAUAUAAUUAAAGAGCAUCCUGAAUUUGCUGAAACUGUCGAUAGAAAAUCGUACGAAUGUGCGCAUUGCGCAUACAAAACUUUCAAAAGGCACAUGUUGGUUAAACAUUUGUCGAUUCACGCAAACAGACAUAAGGUCAGUAUCUGUAUUCACUGUCAUGUCAGAUUCGCAAGUAAAACGGCUCUAGAAGAUCAUAUAGUUAGGGAACAUCCAGACUUUUGUUCUCCUGAUUCUAGCAAAACACAUCAAUCUACACAUAAAAGCAACGCAAAUACCGAAUCAAAGCAUAACAAAUUGAAUACGUGUAUUCACUGUAAUGUUACAUUCGCAAGUAAGCGGAAUCUAGACAAUCACACAAUUAAGAAACAUCCUGAUUUUAUUACCUCUGUUACUAGUAAAAUGUACGACUGUCCACAUUGUGCGUAUAAAAGCACCUGGAAAAUUCAAUUAGACAGGCACUUGUCGAAUCAUUCGGAGGCAAAAUGCGACCUUGAUCGCUGUACAUGUAUUCACUGUAAGGCAUCGUUUAAAUGCAAACGAAAUCUGGAUGAUCAUAUAAUUCGAAUGCAUCCAGACUUUAUUGCUUCAGUUUGUCGUAAAAUACAUGAAUGUGCAUAUUGUACUUACAAAACGACUAUAAAAGCUAAUUUAAUUAGACACAGGUUAAAACAUCCUGAGGAAAAAGGUAGUCAUUAUUUCUGUAUUCACUGUAAUGCUACAUACACAAGUAAACGGAAUCUGGAUGAUCAUAUAGUCAAGAAACAUCCUGACUUUAUUACAGCCGUUUCAAAUAAGGUGCACGAAUGUUCUUAUUGCACGUAUAAGACUACUAGUAAGCGGUCUUUUGAUGAACAUUCAUUCACACAUUCAUUCACACAUUCAUUGCCAACCUGUAUUCACUGUAAAGCAACAUUUAGAAACAGGAUUACUUUAGAUGAUCAUAUUAUUAGGAUUCAUCCCUCGUUUAUUUCUUCAGUGACGAGAAAAAUAUAUAGAUGUACAUGUUGCGCAUAUAAAACUACUUGGAAAUCUAAUUUUUAUAGACACAUGCGAAGACAUAAUGAGGUAGAAGAUAGCGAUGAUCUUACAACAUGCACUCAUUGUAAGGCGUCAUUUCCAAAUAAGCUAAUUGGUUUUCAUAUAAUCAAAGAGCAUCCCGAAAUUGCUAAAGUUUCUAAAAAUUUAUUUAAAUGUGCACAUUGCAAAUACAAAACUUUCAGAAGGUACGUGUUGGUUAAACAUUUGUCAAAGCACCACGCGACAACGAAAAGCUGUAAACUCAGUAACUGUAUGCACUGUAAUGCAACUUUCAGAUAUAAACGUAACCUGGAUACUCAUAUAGUUAAGGAACAUCCUGAUUUCAUUUCAUCUGGUUCUGGUCAGAGGUAAAAUAUAUGGCAUGCAAAAAUCCGCCAGAAAGUUCUUUUGAUGAAACUUGAAACACGGUGCUUCGACGAAAUUGUUAAAGGCCUUUAUCUGUAUUCACUGAAAUGGAACAUACCGGUAUAACCUGGCAUUCCAGCUAUCUAAAUUGAAACUAUUUUUUGCAAAUGAUUUGAAGAUAUCCAGCGAAAUAUGGUUGGAAAAAAUUAGCUGGAAGCAGCAUAACUUUGGAAGUGACGACAAUUGAGAGGUAGAGAAGCAAAAAAAUUAUAUUGAUAAAGCAAAAAUGAUAAGAUUAUAAAUAUCAUUAAAUUACACAUCGCACAACAAGCGUUUUCAGCAGGUGUAGAAGAAUGUUUUUCUUCUUUUGGUUUAAUACAAAGUAAGUUACAGAAUACACUGGAUACUGAAAAGGUCUCUAUUACUAAUUUUUAUAUUAAGUUUCAGUUUAAAAAUUAGUACUUUGUUUAUUCCUUUCUACAGGGUGUCUAGUGGGAAAUUUCACAUUUCAUAUUUGGAUUACGCGAGGAAGUGGGGGAGUUCUUGAUCGACGCGUUCGGCGUGCGGGUUAAAUAGUCGCAAUGGAACGUUGGACCGGAGCGCAACGUGCUUUUGCUAUCGAGGCUUACUUUAAGAGUGGAGAUUCAUACGCAGCUGCCCUUCGGAUAUUUUGUACACGAUACAACAUUCGCCGUCCAAGAGAUGGCCAUUUGAAGAUGAAAACGUUCAUGCAUUGACAGUCAAUUCCGAACGAUCCAAGGACAUGAUUGUCACUCUUUUGAUCCUUUUUUAAGAACAGAACGUCGAUUUAACAGAAACACAUGGUUUUAACAUUAUGGGGCCACUGCCCAUACUUCCAGAGAAUCGAUGGACACGGUGAAAGCACUUUCUCCUCAAAAAGUUAUAUCAAAGUUUGGAGACAUUCACUGGCCUCCCAGAUCACCCGAUCUCAGGUCAUGCGAUUAUUUUUUGUGGGGUUAUCUAGUCAAAAGUGUAUUCCAAUAAUCCACGAACACUGGAGGAGCUUAAAGACAACAUUCGACGAGAAAUAAACAUCAGUCCGGAACUCUGCAGGGGGGGGGGGUGUUUCAAAAUUUGCAAUAAAACCCGAAGAAUAUGCUGAUAGUAAUUAGUAUUUCUGCUUCAUUAAGUUUAUAUUUUUUUUCUUAAAACCAAAAGUGAACUUUCCCACCGGACACCCUGUACUUCUCA